CAUGCCUAGAAGUCCGUGGAUCAUUGCUUCAAAUUCCGAAUCACACACACACACCGAAAGCAUGGCCUCUUUCCGACAACUGAUCUCGGUGCUCCGCCCCUUAACGGCCGUGACAGCCGCUUCACCCGCCCCAUGUCGUGCACCCGUGAUGCGACUAGCCCGUGGUCUAUGGACCGUACCGUCCAUAGGCGCGUCCGCAACGGGUUUGAUGCCCCGAUCUGGGAGCUGUCUGGCGGGUUCACCGCUCCGCCGCCAUUUUCACGACAAAAUCACGUUGAAAAGCAAAAGUUUCUCAGAGAGUGGCACCUCCGGACGGCUCUAUUACCUGGAUUUGAUUGAGUCCCACGAAGGCGUGUCCAAUUGCUUCCAAUUGGCCGAGCUCUCCCGAGGUCGUCGAACGCACAUCAUGAUGAGCCCCGGGGAUGCCCAAAUCCUGGCUGACAAUCUCAAACUCAUCCAAAAAAUGAUGGUCAUGGACACGAUUAGGGCUGGUGAUGAGGAAGUCCAAGAUUGGACUUCCAGCGAUUUUCCCAAGUACAAAUACGAGGUCAAAACCAAAUUAAGCGCAAACGGACCUUGGCUCAAGAUCGUCUGGUAUGAUUCAGAGCGAACCAGGAUGAUCUUCAUGGAUGGGAGCUUGGUCGAAAAAUUGCGUGACCACAUCCUCACUGAUUUAGACUCGCUCAAAUCGAGUUCAGUUUGAUAUUCUUCCCAUACCCUCUUCUCAUGAUUAUUAUUUUUUUUUGUAUUAAACUCACCAAUAAACAAAUUUACUACCUGGUUUAAAA